AACUUUUGUUGAUCAUCUCUAUGUUGCUCUUCAACAAAAAGGGAUCAACACGUUCAAAGAUGCCGAUAAAUUAGAGAAAGGUAAUUUUAUUUCACCAGAACUUACGAGAGCAAUUGAAGAAUCGCGCAUAUCUUUGAUUAUUUUCUCAAAGAACUAUGCUAAUUCGAGGUGGUGUUUGGAUGAAGUAGUGAAAAUCAUGGAAUGCAAGAACGUGAAAGGACAAAUUGUUAUUCCGGUGUUUUAUGAUGUAGAUCCAUCAACAGUAAGGAAACAAAAAUCGAGCUUUGAAGAAGCAUUUAACAAUUAUGAAGAUUGUUUCAAGGUACAAAAAUGGAGAGGAGCACUAGAGGAAGCAGCUAAUUUAUCUGGUUGGGAUUUGCCAAAUACUUCCAAUGCGCAUGAAGCUAUAGUGAUAAAGCAAAUUGUGGAAGAUGUAAUGGCUAGAUUGGGUAGUCAGAGACACAUGAAAAACGCUGAAAAUCUUGUUGGAAUCGAGUCACAUAUGCAAAAAGUGUAUAAAAUGCUUGGCAUGGGGUCUGGUGGAGUUCGUUUCGUUGGAAUAUUGGGAAUGAGUGGAGUUGGGAAGACAACUCUAGCGAGAGUCAUUUAUGAUAAUAUUCGGAGUCACUUUGAAGGUUCAUGUUUUCUUCAUGAAGUUAGAGACCGUUCUGCAAAACAAGGCCUAGAGCAUUUGCAAGCUAUACUUCUUUCUGAGAUCCUUGUCAUGAAAGAUGUAAACAUCAACAAUUUAUACGAAGGAGUUAAUAUGCAGAUACAAAGAUUACAGUACAAAAAGGUUCUUCUAGUUCUUGAUGAUGUUGAUCAUGUAGAUCAGUUAGAUGUUUUAGCGAGGAAACAUGAAUGGUUUGGUCAUGGAAGUAGAGUUAUCAUAACAACUAAAGAUAAGCACUUGCUUGUUGAACAUGAGGUAGAAAAGAUAUACAGAAUGACAACGUUAAAUGAAGACGAAAGUUUGCAGCUCUUUAAGCUAUAUGCCUUCAAGAAAAACCGUCUUAUGGAUGAAUUUAGGGAUGUUUCAGCUCAAAUUAUAAGGCAUUGUGAUGGACUCCCGUUGGCUUUGAAAGUCCUCGGAAGUUUCUUGUAUGGAAGAGAUUUGGAUGAAUGGACAAGUGAAGUGGAACGAUUGGAACAAAUCCCAGAAGAUGGAAUUGUGAAGAAACUCGAAUUAAGUUUCAAUCGACUAAACAGAAUUGAACAAAAAAUAUUACUAGAUAUUGUGUGUUUCUUUAUAGGAAAGAAGAAAGAAUCAGUUACAAGAAUAUUAGAGAGUUUUAAUUUUAGUCCUGUUAUUGGCAUAAAAGUUCUCAUGGAGAAAUCUCUGAUUACGGUUUCACAAGGUCGGAUUCUAGUGCAUCAAUUGAUACAAGAAAUGUGUUGGUAUAUUAUCCGUCAAGAAGCUUCCGAUGAUCCAAGAAGAUAUAGUAGGUUGUGGCUACCUGAUCAUAUUUCUCAUGUACUUGCUGGAGAUUUGGGCACUGAAAAGAUUGAAUGCAUGUCAUUGAACUUGUCUUUUGCACAAGAAGUGAAUGUCAGCAGCGCAGCAUUCACACAAAUGAGCAGACUAAGGUUUCUCAGUAUCCAGAACAAAAAUGUUCACCAGGGCCCUAAUUUCCUACCUGGUGAGUUGAGGUGGUUCAAUUGGCACGCGUAUCCAUCAAGAAGUCUGCCUGUUAGUUUUCAGGGCGAAAAGUUAGUUGGCUUGAAGUUGAAAGAUAGUGGAAUCAUACAACUUUGGCAAGGCUCCAAGGUUCUAGGAAAAUUGAAAUACAUCAACCUUAGUGAGCUAGUAAGGACCCAGAUUUUCCCUAAUCUUGAAAGGCUGGUUCUUGAAGGAUGUGUAAAUUUGGUGGUUACUAUUCGAAUAAGGUUAUAA